AUGAGCGACUGGGACUCCGUUACGCGCAUUGGAGCCAGACACACUGGUGGCCCUGCCACCCGCGAGACCGUCGUCAAGGGUAAGAGCGCCUUGAACGCCGCCCAGCGCCAGGGUCUCGUUAUCGGUACCGAGAAGAAGUAUGCUACUGGUAACGCUGCCGGACGCUCCGGCGCCCCCGAAGGUCAGCACCUGACCAAGGUCGACCGCAGCGACGACAUCGUCAAGCCCAAGACCGUUGGCUACCAGGUGGCGGAUGCGAUCAAGAAGCGCCGCAACGAGGAAGGCUACAAGAUGACUCAGAAGGAACUCGCCACUAAGUGCAACACCACCAUCACUGUUGUUCAGGAUUUCGAGCGCGGUACUGCUACUCCGGACCAGAAGGUCCUCAGUGCCAUGGAGCGCGUGCUGAACGUCAAGCUGAGGGGUACGGGCAUUGGACAGGAGAAGUUCCCUAAGAAGAAGUAA